ACUAAUUAUAUUAUAUUAUUUACUUUAUCCUUUUGGCUUUAAAUCUUGCUCUCAAAUCCUUGCAAGCUCAAAUCCAACAGCUUUUUUACCAUCAGAAAAUUGAGGGUUUUCUCCUUGCUGCUGUAGCAGCAGCUGAGUGUUUUGUGGGGUUCACUGAGAGGCCUUGAAAUUUCAAACAGCUUCCUUAUAUUUUCUCUGCAAAGUUUUAAUGGCCACUGAAGAGGUUAACAAACCUCCAUCACUCCCUCCUUACCCUCAGAUGAUUCUGCAGGCAAUUGAAGCCUUGAAUGACAAGAAUGGUUCGAACAAAUCCUCCAUCUCGAAAUAUAUUGAAUCAACCUAUGGGGAAGUGCCGGCCGGGCACAAUACCCUCCUCUCUCACCACCUCAGCAAGAUGAAAGAUAAUGGGGAGCUGGUGUUCUGGAAAAACAACUACACAAAGCCAGAUCCCAAUGCACCUCCGAGGAGGGGGCGUGGCAGGCCGCCAAAGCCCAAGGAUCCAUUGUCCCCGGACACCACCUUGACCUCACCAAAGGGUAGGGGCCGCCCGCCCAAGGACCCGGAAGCACCCCCAAAGCCUCCCAAGGUUAAGGUGUCUUCAGGGAGUGGGAAGCCGAGAGGGCGGCCAAGGAAGAUGGCAAAGCCUACCGGAGGUUUGAGUGGCUCGACGGCAGUGGAAGAGACAAUGCCGGUGAGGCCAAGGGGUAGGCCUCCAAAGGCGAAGGAUACAUUGAGUGCUGGAGUUAGUGUUGGGCAGUAGGGUUCUAUUAGUGCAGUAUUGGUAAGUUUAAUGCGUCUAGCUCCCCCUCAUUGGCAGAAUCGAAUGUUAAUAACUUCGCGAUCGGAGAAGCAAUCGGAACAGGCCCCGCGUUUAUUUCGAUGGCGAUCGAAUCCGACGUUUUGUGUUGUUAGUUUAGCUGCUGUGUCUUUUGUCUCAACUGUUUAGCUUGUACAAUGUGUUGCAGUUGUUUGGUUUCUUAGGCUUGAGAGGGGAUGUGACUGCUGCUAAUUCUGAUUGGAAUCUCAUUUCAUUGUUGUGAUCUUAUAAGAUAUAAUUGUUAUGCCUAAAUUCUUUUUCUUU